CCUCCGGAUGCGAAGGAUCCCUACCAUACGGCCCAUGGGCUCUCCGCGCGCGCUCGAUAAGCCUCACUCUCACAGCGAGCUCGCCGGCUCCUUAUUCCCCGCCGCCGCCGCCGCCGCCGUCCGAGCUGCCGGCGACUACUCAGUUUCGGUGCUGCUUAGGUCCAUCACGUGCCCUACGCGCUCCCGCUCUCGCCCAGUCAUCUAGCCGUUGCUUCACGCCGGGCGUUGCGACCGUAUACGUGGCGAGCGCCGAGGUGGUCGGAGGAGGGCGGCGGGUUUUGCUCGGAGCAGCGGCACCUCGGCACUGUCCUGCGCCCUGAUACUACCACCGCCACCCGCGCGUCACUACCACCUCUCCGCUGAUGUCGGCUGUGACGGAGGAUGGCGACCAGCGAGGUUCCGCCCUUGAGGCGGGGGAUCGCGGGCGCGACGGGGAUGAGGAUUUCGACGAGGAUGAGGAGGACGGGUUCGAGUUCGGUGACGCCGACGAGGCGAUGCACUGCGUGGAGAUGGCGGAGAGGAGCACCACCGCCGCGGCGAUGCGUGCCCACGCGCAGGACUACGAGGCGCUCGCCGCGCGCAAGCGCAAGGCCCUUGCCGAGGACCAACCCCAGAGGGAGGAGGGUUCCAAAAGGCCAAGACAGGAUCAACUUUCAGAAGCGGAAGCAGCAACCAUGUUCGACCAACUGAUGGAAGGCUUUGGUCUUCGGCGCAAAAGAAGGUCGAAAGAUGGCAAGAGAAGGGGAAGAAAGAAAGGAACAAAGAAUAAGGGCAGCGCUGAAGUUAUUAAAAAGUUGGGUGAUGCUACUCUACUUUUUGCUGAAGAAAAAUUUAACGAGGCAAUUCCUAUACUACAUGAGAUUGUGCGAAUUGCGCCAAAUUUGUCAGAUUCAUAUUAUCUACUUGGUAGCAUUUAUAAUGAGAUCGGUGAACUAGAUAAAGCCAUAAACUUCUUGAUGCUUGCUGCAUAUGUUUCCCCAAAAGAUGCAUCUCUGUGGAAGAAACUCAUUCCUUUGGCAAAGAAAAAAGGGGAUGCUUCUCUGGCAAGACACUGUAUUUUAAAAGCAAUGAGAGCAGAUCCAGAAGAUGUAGAUCUGAAGUAUCUUUGUGGUGAUAUGUAUCGCAAUCUUUGUGACUAUCAGAAAGCUGCAGAAAUAUAUGAACAGAUAGUCAGAAUUUAUCCUGCCAAUAUUGCUGUUCGUAAAGUAGCAGCACAGAUGUACAGAGAGUGUGGUCAAAUUGACAAAGCUAUUAAUUUGUUGGAAGACUAUGCCAAUACUCAAACUUCCAACAUUGAUUGGAGUGUUCUAGAUUUGUUGAUAUCACUUUAUCUAAGAAAUAAUGUUCUUAGUGAAGCACUAAGGCAGAUCAAGAGGGCUCAGCUACAAUUGGGAUCUCAAGAGAAACUACCAGUACAAUUGCAGGCAAAAGAAAUAAUCUGCCAUGCAUAUUGCGGUGACAUGAAACAUGCUGAGAUUUUCCUUCGUGAUGUGCAUUUGGAGCCAUCAAAAGAAAACAUUGAUGUGAUUAAGGAACUUGCAAGCACUUUAGAAAAAAUGGGACAAUAUGAGUAUGCAGUAAAGUUUUACCUGCUGAUUGAAAAUGUUGCUACUCAUAAUGAUGGUGGCUUAUACUUUGAUCACAAAGAAAUGGGUAGUUCGUAUGUCAAGGUUGCUCAGUGCUACAUGGUCUUGGGGGACAAAAAAAAUGCUAUUCCUUAUUUUUAUAAAGCCUUACAAAGCAUGAAGGACAAUAUCGAUAUAAGAUUGACCUUAUCGUCCCUUCUUAUUGAUGAUGACAAGACAGAUGAAGCUGCCACUCUGCUUUCUCCCCCCAAAAUUCCAGAGGCGCAGUCUGCUAAUACUCCAGACCAACAGAAACCUUGGUGGUGUGAUGGGAAAGUAAAGAUGCAGCUUGCAAAAAUUUAUUACAAUAAAGGCAAGCUGGAAGAUUUUGUGGACACAAUUUUUCAUCCUAUUCUAGAAACUUUGAAUGUUGAAUAUGCUAAUCGAAAGGUCAGGCCAAUGAAAAAGCUUCCAAACACUGUUCUGCAUGAAAGAGUCAAAGUAUUGGGUGAGCAACGCCGGGAUAGUGUAUUUCAAGGAUUAAAGCCAAUAGCAUCACCUGAUGAAUUAGUAAAGGCAAACAGAGCAAAGAAAAUAAUUGAGAAAAGGGCAGCUGCAAAUGAGUUAAAACCUGAUGAUCAGCCAAGAACAAAGCAAGUUCCUCCUGUUCCUGGUCUACUGACAAAUGUGGAGCAGGAGCAUCAUCAGCUUGUGUUGAAUCUUUGUCGAACAUUAGCUUUGCUGCAGCGAUAUUGGGAUGCACUGCAGAUUAUCAACCGAACUCUCAAACUUGGAAAUGACACACUCACUGAUGACAAAAAAGAGGAACUCAGAUCCUUGGGUGCUCAAAUAGCUUAUAGAGCUCCAGAUCCCAGUCAUGGCUUUAAGUAUGUCCGUUAUGUUGUUCAGCAGCACCCAUAUUCUCUUGCUGCAUGGAAUUCCUACUAUAAGGUGAUAUCAAGAAUAGAGGACAGGUUUCCACAGCAUUUCAAACAUCUCCUUCGGACAAGAGAAGCAAAACCUGACUGUGUGCCUCCGAUAAUCAUAUCUGGGCAUCGAUUUACUGCUAUAAGUCAGCAUCAGUCAGCUGCUCGGGAUUACCUGGAAGCUUAUAAGUUGGACCCAGAAAACCCUCUUAUUAAUCUUUGUGUAGGCACUGCCUUGAUUAGUUUGACCCUUGGCUUCAGGCUUCAGAAUAAGAACCAGUGCAUUGUCCAAGCUUUUGCUUUCCUGUACAGAUACCUUCGCCUUUGUGAUAACAGUCAGGAAGCCUUGUACAACAUUGCUCGGGCAUAUCACCACAUUGGCCUGAAUACCUUGGCAGCUGUUUACUACGAGAAGGCUUUGGCAAUCGAGGAGAAAGAUCAUCCCAUACCUAAGCUUCCAUACGAGGCUGGUUCACGUGUGCCAGAGGACCUGAGGCCAGGGUACUGUGACGUGCGUAGAGAGGCAGCGUUCAAUCUGCAUCUAAUCUAUAAGAAAAGUGGAGCUACCGAUCUUGCAAGACGGAUUCUGAAAACUUACUGCACUAUCUAAAAGUUGGUAUUGGACAAUGUUGUUGGGAUCUGAAUAUCAGACCCUUCAAGGUUCCUUGCAUUAGCCUAGGGGUAAAGUUGUUGGGAUCUGAAUAUCAGAUCCUUCGAGGUUCCUUGCAUUAGCCUAGAAUCAAGCUAGUCUAUAAAGCUAGAACAUCGAUGUAACAUGUCAGUAGUGACUUUAGAUGUGUGUAGCUGAAUAAUUGACAACAUGCUCAAUCCAGAUGUAAACAGUAUAUAUUCUGGUUUCACAAUGCUGUGUUAUCAGCAAGUGGUUCAGGGAUGCUUUGCUUCAUGUGAUUGAUUGGCAAUUCAUGACUGAAUUUUUGUAUAUAUGGAAAAUAUGAACAAAGACCGAAUUGCUUCCU